GCGACGCGGCACGCAUGGAACAAGCAUACAUUGUGAUUUUGUCAUGCGCAUGUUGCGCAAUCAUUGGAGGAGCAAUAUGAGGGCAUGAUGGUUGGGGUACCAAUCCGGCAAGCUGAAACGCAAAGGCCACCGCAACUGCAACACAAGGCGUUAGGCCAGACUUUGUGGAUGCCCGCGAACGCGACGUGGAGGAGCGAAGAAUUUCCUGGCGUUUUCAUCACAUCGAGUUAUCACAUCGAGUUAUCACAUUCGAAGCGCUGAAAGGGCUUACUACAAGGCGAUCCUGUUGACAUACGAUAUCUAAAUUACGAUUGUGACGUGGCUUGGCGGCGUCUUGCACACUUGACCGAAGACGAGGCGAUUGGCUCUGCACGAUCGGUACCUUGCGCCAAUUAGCCGUUCCCGCGACCUAGUCACAGCUCUUCCACACACACGUGAUGCGCAUCGGCGUUACGCUUUUGUACAGACAUUGAGAUCAUACUGCUCGAAAGAAUUUUUUGCGAGAUUGUCGCUCUGGUGCGUUGUUGUCCUAGCUAUUGGUGGCGUUCAUA